AUGUUGCUGCCGUCGCUAAUGUUGCUGUUGCUGCUUGGAUUGAGUGGAGCACAGCUGCAGAAUCAUCCGCCACAUUUUGUGCCCGGCUCGGGGGAUAUGUCCCGCUUUAGCCUAUCGGAGCAUACGCCAGUUGGCAGUCCCGUGUUUCAGCUUAAAGGCGUUGAUCCGGAGGGUGGUCGCCUCAAGUACAGCAUAUCUGGGCCAGUUUUCUCUGUGGAUCGGGAGACGGGUGUGGUGCGCCUGCGCCAGGAACUCGAUCGCGAAACUCAAGACACCGUUGAGGUUAUUAUCAGUAUAACAGACGAGGGCGUCUAUGGCACAGAACCGAAUACAGUCUCUCAGCGCCGCGAAAUACCUGUGCGCGACUAUAAUGAUAACCAGCCCACAUUUUAUGGUAGACCCUACUCGGCCAGCGUCAGUGAGUCGCUGCCUGUGGGCGCUGAACUUAAGGUGGAGCCUCCUAUCAUUGUCGUCGAUCGUGACGAGGGCUUGAAUGCUGAAGUGCAGAUAAGAUGUGUUCAGGAGAACAAUAUAUGCGAUAUCUUUGAGGUACGCGCUGUCAAAUUGGCGGAUGGUAAUUAUACAGCUCGAGUGGCUUUAAAACAGCAACUGGACUUUGAGAGCCGCCCUUCCUACAUCAUGACCAUAUCGGCAUCGGAUAGUGCGCUGGAGAACCGUCUCACCUCCUUUGCCACAAUUUCUAUAAACGUUAUCGAUGUGCAGGAUCAGGCACCCGUUUUCACCAAUGCACCGUAUUCCGCUACAGUAUCAGAGAAUACUCCGGCCGGUGUGAGCAUAUUGACUGUGAAAGCAAUUGAUGGCGAUGUGGGCAUACCGAGAGAGAUCUUCCUCUCGCUGGAGGAUGAACCAUUUGGUCACUUUGAGCUGGUGCCGUUCGGUGAUCCUAAAGACGGCACAGCGAUGCUGCAAACCACAAACGAACCGUUGGAUCGGGAAAAUCCGGAUAUUUUACAAAAUGGUGGUGUCUAUGUAUUCUCCAUACGCGCCACAGAGCUUAUUGAUGGCGCCAUCCCAGCCGAGUAUACAAUCACACGCGUUACCAUUGUGGUUACCGAUGUCGACGAUCAUCGACCUGAGUUCAGCGCGUCGAACUUUAACGUUUCAGUUGCGGAGAAUCUAGCGAAUGGAAUGCCGUUGCCAGGUCUAUCGAUUUUCGUGGAUGACCGCGACAUGGGCGAGAACAGUCGCUAUCAGCUCAAACUUGUGGAUGUCUCAAACGCAGCGGGUGUGUUUGGUGUCUCUCCUACCGAGGGACAGGCGCGCACUCCCGUUGUGGUUAAGGUGCUGAAUGCUAGUCGCCUGGACUAUGAUAAUCCCGCACAGCGUAAAUUCGAAUUCGAUUUGGUUGCUUCCUCGCAUGGCGUUGAGCAGGCGAAGGCACGUGUGGAAGUCCAUUUACUGGAUGCCAACGAUAACUCGCCUAUUUUUGGCGAGCAAACCUAUCGUUUUACAGCUGCCGAGAAUCUGACAACAGAUUCUUUAAUUGGCAUUGUGAAUGCUACCGAUGCGGAUUCCGGUGAAUUUGGUCGUGUGCAGUAUGUGCUUAAGGGAUUUGGAGCCGAUAAUUUCUAUGUGAAUCCAGAGACUGGUGGUAUUUAUCUACUCAGACCUUUGGAUUACGAGAAGCAAAGCACAUACAGUCUGACUGUGGUAGCUGUCGAUGGCGGCGGCCGCGAAUCAAAUGCAAACCUUUUUGUUGAUGUCCUCGAUGUUAACGAUAAUCAGCCAAUCUUCGAGAGCAAUGAGUACAGUCGCACAAUACGCGAAGGUGCGGCAAUCUUUGAGCCACAGUUCUUUGUGCGGGCAAUUGAUGCAGAUGGUCCCAGUCAAGGAAAUGGCAGAGUGAAGUAUGCCAUUGUCUCGGAAAAUAGCAUAGCUGGCAAUGUAUUUCGCAUUGAGCCGGACUCGGGUGAAAUAACACUCCAGAAGGCAGCUAGGUCCAUGGAUACGGAGCGUGGAGAAUACGAAUUGGUUGUUUCUGCAACGGACUUUGGAAUUCCACCGCUUACAAACACCACACGAGUUCUAGUGCGUGUCGGCAUCUCUGGCAAUCAACGUCCCAUCUUCAAAGGCCACUUCCAAAACGUUGAGAAUUUGCCCAUAAUUGGACCACCCAGUUAUCGCGUGUCCAUACCGGAGAAUGCGGUGCCAGGCUUCAAUGUGACAACGGUGUCCGCACACGAUCCCGACGGUCUGGACAGUCUGCUCAGAUAUCGAAUUGUUGGCGCGAACGAUAAUUUCCAGAUCAAUGAACUAUCUGGUUUGAUCACAGUAUCGCCUCAAGCACGUAUUGAUCGCGACUUAAAUAUGAAUAGUUUUGAGAUCAUUGUGAAUGCCGUUGACUCCGGUACACCAAUCCCAGAAACAGCUACUACCACGGUCUAUGUCAAUGUCAAGGAUAUUAACGAUGAGAAACCCAAGUUCGAGCAUAAUAGUUAUGCAGCCUACGUAUCCGAACGAACUGUGAUUGGAGAGAGCGUAUUACGGGUCAAGGCCAUUGAUAAGGAUCUCAAUUCACGAUUGGAGUAUAGUUUGCAGGGACCAGUUAAAGCCACCACCAAAGCGGGUGUCAGCAUAACCAAUCGAAGUAGCUACCCUGUCGAGGAAGCAUUCCGAGUAGACAGUCAAAGUGGAGAGAUCUUUGUGAAUAGCACCUUGCGCCACGAUGUGGCUGCCAUUAUUAUCUUUACGGUGGUUGUGCGGGACUUGAACGCGGAAGUUGAUCCAGAGCUGCAAGUGGACACAACAGAGGUUACGGUUUAUGUGCAGUCCUUUAAGGAUAAGGAUCCAGUGUUCAAGAAUCCAGGUUGGAGCAGCUCUCGUCCUGUGGUACAUAUCAAUGUCAAGGAGGAAAUGCCCAUUGACAGUGCACUCUUCAUUCUACAAGCCGAGGAUCCAGUGACGGAGCAGGCGAUAACCAGCUUUGAACUGGUAGAACCAAAGGAGUUGGAAUAUUUUCAAAUAUCAGAGCGUACCGGCGAGAUCAUCUUGAAGAAGCGUCUGGACUAUGAGGCUCUGGCGGAGAUAGGCAGCACCCAAUUUGAGCUUCAGGUGCGCGCUAAUAGCGCCGAUCGUCAACGCAGCACCAUCAGUCGAUUGAACAUAACCGUUGAGAAUGUGAACGAUAACAGUCCGAUCUUUGAGCAGAGCUCCUAUCAUGCCACCAUCAUUGAGAACAAGGGUUACCCAGAGCCCGUGAUUCAAGUCAAGGCUCAGGACAAGGAUGCGGCGUUGAAUGAACGAGAUGAGCGUUUGGGCUAUCAUAAGAUCAUCUAUUCACUGCAAGGCGAAUAUGCAAUGCUAUUCGAGAUUAACAACCUCACAGGACAGAUUGUCGUGGCACGCAACCAGACCAUCGAUCGAGAGCGCACGCCUACCAUUCGACUCCAAGUGAAAGCCGAAGACUCGCCGGGCAAACCAACCGAUGCCAAACAGAGCGUUGUGGAACUGCUUAUCGAUGUUCUGGAUGUCAAUGAUAAUGCACCAGAGUUUUCCAAGAAGCUAUACAGUACCGUUAUACCGGAAAAUGCUCUGAAAAUGGAGAAUGUCCUCCAAAUUGAAGCAAGCGAUGCGGAUGAAGGACCUGGCGGUGAAGUGCGCUACGAGCUGGUCAACGAAGGCGAUGCCAAUGGACUGUUUAGCAUUAACGCCCAGAAUGGUUUGCUUUCCACUCGCCGCAAUCUAACAGGUAAAGGACGCGCCGAGGCCUAUGUGCUCAUCGUACGUGCCCAGGAUAAUGGCAACCAAGUCCCCAAGCAGCCCACCCUCUCCACGGAUGUUGAAGUGCGAAUUUUCAUUGGUGAUGUGAGCGCCAAUGAUGGUGUUCCAUUCUUUGUGGCUCCACGAGUUGGUCAAAGGGCAAAUGUAACGGAGAAUGCCGCAAUUGGUGCCCCCGUUUUCCAAGUGAUUGCCAGCGAUCCCGAUGAUGAGAACACGCCAUCCGGGACGAUAACAUAUCGCAUACUCCCCGAUACGCCUGAUGCCGAAUCUUUUGCCAUAGAUACGCACACGGGGUUGAUAACUACACGACAGCCACUGGAUCGGGAGGAGAAGAGCAUGUACAAAGUGUUGCUGGAGAUCAGCGAUAAUGGACAGCCUAAGCAGUCGUUGACGCGCAUUCUACAGAUUGAAGUGCUCGACAUGGAUGACCAUGAGCCCAGAUUCGCUAGGGAAAUCGAUGAGGGUCCUAUACCAAUGUCCGUACUGGAGGAGCAACCAGCUGGCACAAUUGUUGGUAACUUUAGCGCCAUUGACGAGGACAUGGGCGAAAAUGCAGCCAUCGAUUAUGUCAUUAUCGAGGGCAAUAACGAACAGAUCUUUACCAUUGAGCGAACCAAUGAAAGUCUGGCCAUUCUGAAGACAAGCCAGCCCAUCGAUCGCGAGCUUGUUGAGUCCUUCACACUAACUGUCAAAUGCUUUAAGCUGGGAGAACCGGCUUAUAAGUACAUAGGCGAUGCCUAUGAUCGUCAGGAUCCCUCGCAUCUGCGCAUCACCAUCAAGAUCUUAGAUAUUGACGACAAUCUACCGCAAUUCGAGAGUCCUGACCCACAUGUUGGUAUACGCAUCAAUGUGCCCAUUGACACGGUGAUUACGACACUGAAGGCGAGUGAUGCAGAUGCCGAAGCUGCACCCAUAUCGCUCUCCAUUAUGAACGUGACCUUUGUGCCGCAGUUCUACAAGCGCAGCCGCAAACUUGCCACUGGCAAUCUACAGAGUCUGUUCACGCUCAACAAUCGCACGGGUGAGCUACGCACCGGUGGCUCGUUUGCAGACUAUGUCGAUGGUUAUUUCCUGAUGCGCAUUUGUGCCAAUAACUCCGUCAAGGCCAAGCGUCAGACUCACAGCAAUAUUAAGGUGUUUGUCAUCCGCGACAAAUCUCUGCUCAAAUUCGUCUUUGCCCGACCGCCCAACGAGAUACAGCACAACAUCCGCCCAUUCCAGGCGCAGCUGCAAAAGAAACUCAAGCCACUCGGUCUGGAGCUACAUGUGCUGGACACCCAAGUCUUCACCAGAGCCGACAUGAGCCUGGACUUUACCGCGACGAGCUCAUGUUUCCAAAUGUUCCGAAAUGGCGCAGCGCUCUCCUUGAGCGAGAUGCAGAAGCUAAUGAACUCCAAGGAGCUGCGUCACGAGCUCAUUGACAUUUACGCUGCGUAUGGAGUCAGUGACUUGGAAUCUUGCUCGGUACGACGCACUCACACGGCUGCACUUUUCGGCAAUAUGCUGAUGUCCGCGGGCUCAUGGCUAGUGAUUCUAGCGGCUUUAAUAGGCAUAGCCGCAUUGGUCUCACUCUGUGCGGCCUGCUGUCUGAAGAAGAAAUUCAAGCGGCAUAGCAAACGCAGCCUGCAGGCGAGUCUGAGAACCCCCACAGAGCAUACGCCCACAUCGUAUAGCUACUCGAUGCCCGCUGUGCUCUACUCGGAGCCCAUCUAUGGACCAUUGUAGCCUCAGCUCAUAUUCUGCACAGUCAGGUCCAGUCAAUGGCAAUGCUGAAUUAAAUUGUAGUAAUCUAGUGCUCAAGACUAUAAGCCCUAUCUGCACCCUCUGGCAAAUGCCCAUAAAUAAGUGGAGUGGGAGUAUCUAUCGGUUAUAACUAGAGUAGAUCAGGUGCACAUGGGGCUUUUGGAACCACAGUUGGCCAUUUCGCGCGAAGAUGGGGCCAAAACAGUCCAUACAAGCAUAAGCAUACUAUGCACGUGAUCUAGUAUGUACAUACACCUAUGUAGAGUAGGUUACGAUUAACUAAUUUAAAACUGUAUAAAGUCCAAUCGAAACAUUUAGCUUUAAGUACUUCUUUUUAGACUUUUUAGAAUGCGAAUCGCAAGUCAUUUUAUGUGUCAUCUGCGCGGGAAUACACUGAUUCUAUUACUAGUUACUGAAUUUUGAGUAGUUUUUCUGUCAGCCCAACAGAUUUAGCAACGCAUGAAAUACUUUUGUUUUAGUAGAAAUAAACGGCAUUUACCUAUA